AGAGCAUUGCCGUGAGAGCCCCGCUCCUCCAGCGGUACUGUACUGUAUAUGGCCUACUGCAGCUACAACGCGUGGAGGAGGCAGAAAUGACACCGGCGCUCCCCUACAUGAAGACAACCUGAUCGUAAGGACGGAUCUGUUUCAUUUGUAGAUUUAAAAACACCACGACGAUGGCGCCUGUCAGUGCACCUUUACGGACACGAUUGAUCGCGGCUGCUUUUACAUUCACUGCACUAUGGGGAUGUGCGCUCUCCAUCACUCGGUACUCUAUACCGGAGGAGAUGGAAGAGGGCUCCUUUGUUGCCAAUCUGGCCACGGAUUUGGGUCUGGAUGUUCGCAGUUUGGUGCAGCGCAGGGCAAAGCUCGAUGUCAUCCACAGCAAAAAUUACCUUGACAUCAACAAAGAAACGGGGGAGCUGAUCAUCCGCGAGAAGAUCGACCGGGAGUACAUAUGCAUGACUAAAACAACCUCGUGCUUUAUGAAAAUGGAUGUCAUACUCGAAAACCCCAUACGCAUUUUUAACAUCGAGUUAGAAAUCAUGGACAUCAACGACAACGCGCCGGUGUUUCGCAGAAGGACAAUGCACUUGGACGUUUCAGAGGCAACCCCUCCCGGUGAGAGAUUUUCAUUGACAAACGCCGUGGAUGCGGAUGUGGGGGCGAAUUCAAUCAAGACCUACUAUCUCAGCGAAAGCAAAUACUUCAGCAUCGACAUACAGGCUGGCAGUGACGGUUCCAAAUAUGUCGAUUUAGUGCUGAACGGUAAUCUGGACCGAGAGGAGCAUGGCAGUCAUAAUUUGAUUUUAACCGCUGUGGAUGGAGGGGUGCCUCCCCGCUCCGGCACAGCCAGCAUCAUUAUCAACGUCCUGGAUAUCAAUGACAACGCCCCCCUCUUCAGUCAGCCGGCAUUUGAAGUCAACGUCUCCGAGAACUCGGCUGCAGGGACAGUGGUCAUGACCUUAAACGCAACAGACUUGGAUGAAGGCACUAAUGCUCAGUUGGUGUAUUCAUACACUCUGUACACUUCAGAGAAGACUCAAGAGCUCUUCUCUCUUGAUCCGAACUCAGGUGAGAUCAAGGUGAUGGGGGUGAUCGAUUAUGAAGAGAGUCAGAGUUUUGAAAUGCACAUACAGGCCCAGGACAGAGGGGCCAACCCGCUGUCAGGCCACUGUAAAGUCACGGUGUUCGUCACAGAUGUAAACGAUAACUACCCAGAGGUGACCAUCAAGUCAGUGAAAAGUGCUCUGACUGAGGACGUCUCUGUAGGGACGCUGAUCGCGGUUGUCAGUGUCAGCGACAGGGACUCUGGUCUCAACGGGGAAGUGGAGCUCACUUUAAAUCAGCAACAGUCUUUACCGUUCCUCCUAAACAAAUCCUCUGAGGGAUAUUUUGAGCUGCUGGUCUCUAAGCCACUGGACAGAGAGAUAAAAAGCAAAUAUGAUAUCACACUGAGGGUGACAGACAAAGGCUCGCCUCCCUUAUUUGAAGAUGAAACCAUCACAUUAGAGAUUCUGGAUAUCAACGACAACGCACCCGCGUUCUCCCAGUCCUUCUACACUAUCCAUGUUGUAGAGAAUAAUGCGCCAGGGGCAUUGUUGACAUCUCUAAGUGCGUUUGACCCAGAUCUCAAUGAGAACCAAUACUUGGUUUAUUUCAUAAUGGAGAAGGAGAUUGUUAACACGUCUAUGUCAAUGCUGUUCUCCAUCAACCCUGAGAAUGGUGAUCUUUACGCCCUGAAAACCUUUGACUAUGAGAUAGAGAAGGAAUUUCUUUUCCACAUCGAGGCCAGAGACUCUGGCUCUCCUCCACUCAGCAGUAACGUGACGGUCCACAUCAUCAUCUUGGACCAAAAUGACAACACUCCUCUCAUAGUGUCACCUUGGCGGGCACAGGGCUCGGUCGUAGAGGAGGUGAUACCGAGGUCCACAGAUAAGGGGCACUUGGUAGCCAAAGUGAUCGCCAUUGAUGCCGAUUCUGAGCAGAACUCCAGGGUCACAUAUCAGCUCCUGCAGAUCAGCGACUCAACCCUCUUCAGCCUGGAUCAGUACAACGGUGAAAUCCGGACAACGAGAAUGUUCAGUUACAGAGACCCAAGACAACAGCGGCUGGUGAUUGUCGCCAAAGACAACGGCGAACCCGCUCUCUCUGCUACCGUCACCAUCAAGAUAUCAACGGUGGAACAUGUCAUGUCCUUUUCAGAGACCACAGAGUUGCCAAUAGAGUAUGACGUCUUCACAGACCUAAACCUGUACUUGGUGAUCGGCUUAGGGGCCGUGUCAUUUCUGCUACUGAUAACCAUCUUGGUUAUUAUUGUGCUGAAGUGUCAAAAACCUAAGCCAAAGGCCAUCAAGAUCCCCCCAGCCAACAGAAACAGUGUGAUCAGCAGGAACAGCGUGAUCAGUGAGAGAAACUCCACCAUCGCAGACUCCACUCUGGUCUCCAACGAUGCCUACUGGUACAGUCUGUUUCUAGCAGAGACCAGGAAGGGCAAAGUGGUCGUGAGACAGCCAAUAAUUCCAAAAGGAGCUGGGUAUUUUGUGUCCAGUAUACCCAGGAGCAUAGGGCCAAGUGAGACCACAGACUCCAGAGCAUCCACGCUGGAGUACUCAAAAUGAAAGGAAGUCCAUUCUACAACUGGAGCAGGAACCCAGAAGAGAACUGCCAUGAUAUAAUCAUCUCUUCAUGGGAGUCUCUGGCUGAAACCCUGUGACUCACAAAGAAGAUGUAAAACAACUGUCCUCCCUCAGUCCCUCUGCUCCAGCUGUUCUUUAUCUCUCCAGCUCCUCCAAUCCCCCAUACAAACAUCAACCACUAAUCACCUCAGUUUUCUACCUUCUUUUCCCUUUUAAGCAUGGAUCUGCAUGAUUCUACAACGUGUUCAAAUUAUUUGGACAGAAUUGAAACCAUUUAUGGCAGGAUAUUUGGACAUUUCUAGAGUUGCCUCAUGUAGUAAAUCAUUCUCUUCUUAACACUUUGAAACUCCUCAAUGGGCAAAUUUGCCUUCUCUCCAGGGUUUACGCUGUGUGCUGUAGUUCUAGAAACCAUCUGUUGCUUACCACGUACGUAAGUCGCCAUCAUGCAACAUUUUUUAAGCAAAAGUUCAAGACACGCCUAUUUACAAAUACACAUACGAAUCAGGGUGAAUAGAAUUCUUCCAUAAAUCUAAACUGUAGCUGGUUAUGUCACUGAUUCAGGCUUUGCACUUGGUGUUUUUUAAUUUCUACUGUAUUAUGAGUCUUGCUGUUCUGCAAGGCUCACACUGUCAACUAGAAACUUGCAGAUGAAAUAACCAGUAAUCUGAUUUUAGAUUUCUCAACCUUUUUUACAAUGUACGUACUCAACAGUUAUGAAUGUGAAAAAGACAAAAAAAGAAUGAAAGGAAAGAAAACUGUAAAAUGGGAAAAAAAAUAUAUACAAAAAUAGGAGAUACACCGUUUCUCUUUUUAUUUGAUUGUAGAUACAGUAGUUCUAUAGAAAAUCAUGAGGAGGUCAGAGGAGCAAAAAUAAUUUUGACACCAUCACUAACAUCAGAUGUGCUAGUCAUACUUUAUACACACAUCUGUGCAGAUAUGAACCAUCUGACAGGGCACACAAUUAUCUGGCUGUAUUGGGGAAACAUGACUGAAACUGUUUUGAAUUUUCUGAUCAUGUGAUCGUGUUCAUGAUCAAAAUCUAGUCUACACUGUUUCAGCUUGUCUCCAUUUGUUGGGGUGAGGUAGUGAGGGUGCAUGGGGGGAGGUGCGGCCUCAGAUUACAUUUUUCAUUCAGUGGCACUCUGACAUCACAAAUUUGGGUGGACAGUGUGUAAAACAUCCAAACACGAUGAACCAUAUUUCUCAACAAAGUCAAAUGUCAAUUCAACUUUAUUUGUAAGAAGAUAUUAUCACAUAUAUUAGCUAUUAUGUACCCAAUGUCAUUCUCUCAUGUUUUUCCCAGGCUGAUGAAGCUGGCAAAUCAAAUAUGAAGCCCAAAUACUCAUUGCACAUAGUGCAAAUCUUAUUAAUCAAUUAAAAAAAAUGCAAUUACAGUGGCAAAAAAAAUAUUUUGUAAUGAUAAAAGAGUAAAAAUAUUAAAAUGUAUUUAUCUUUGCCAUGGUACAAGGGAAUAUAAGGUCCAGGCAAGGUAUUGUUUUAUGAAUAUUCAUGUUUUUAUAGAUAUUUUAUGUAUUAACUUUUAAUGCUGCUUUUGUGAGCUUCUUUAAGGGCAUUUUGUGUUGCAUAUUUGUAGUUUAGUGCAUAUGAUGUGGUUUUGAUAGUGUACAUAAGUUAAAACUGAAACUAGAGUACAUCUCUUGACCUCAAAGGUAGUGCUGUUGCACUACUGUGAAGCCCAGGACUUUCAUUUUCUCAGAAACAAGGAGCUUAUUAGGACCACUUAUUAGGGUGCUAAAUGAUCAGAUCUAAUUGGUUGAGGUAAGGAGACUGGAUUGUGGGAGAACGUAGCGAUAAUUAUAGUUGCAGUAUUAUAGUGCUGACUUUGCGAGUAAGAAAAGCCCACUGCUGAACCCAUAGACAGUGCAUAAAGAGUAUUACGCAGAUGACAGCACUUUGAAAUAUGCACCAAAUCUAAAUGUGAUCGCAGCACUCACUCAGUAAUGCAGUGACUAUUUCUAGAUGUAUUGCUGCAUUAUUCUGAGUCAGUGAAAUCUAACCUCUCUCUUCCUCUCUCACUGUUGCCCGGUGCUAGUGUUACACCAGGCUGCCCAGACAUAAACACAGCUGGCUGUCUGUCUGUCAGACUAAAGAUGUCACAUAAUGAGGAAUCUCUUGCUGUGGAGUACAUGUUAUGUGUGCAAUCAAUGCCUGAUUCCAACAGUGUUUAGAAGAAUUGAUAAAUUGCACAUAUGAUGAGCUCCUUGUGUGCCUUCUGCAUUGUAAAAGAUGUGUGUUGAUGAAUGAAAUAAUGGCAUGUCAUACAGUAUUACCAAUUACAGUUACCCCAGUGAUCAAGUACCUUGCAUUGUUGGAUAGGGGCUCAGCCUUUUGGUUUCAGAGCAGAUGUUCUAUGAAGAACCAGUAGAUGCAUUUACUGUAAAUUGAACUGCUUUAUACUUUGUGUUUUUUAUACAGUAGACUUUUUUGAUAUCUUCUGUAUUCACUGUGAUCGGAUGGCACAGGAGGCUCUUGUGCUUGGCAUAGUAAAAGUGUGUUAUUUCUCAUUUGUGUAUACAGCUCAGUUUUUUCCUCUGCUAAUUUGCCAGUCAGAUUGUACAGUAUGCUUCGAGAGUUGCAUCAAACCGAAUCCAGUUCCAUCCCACUUGGUGGAUCAGAGACAGUAUGGGAGAGAAUGGUCUUGCUUUAUUUUAAAGUCUGGUUAAUUGUCGGAUUUUGAUGUUGCUUAUUUGGCUUAAAUGUUCUGCCUGAUCAUACUAGUUUGAAUAAAGCUUUUUAAUCUGUC